AUGGACAUUAUUAGAAUCAACGAACUCAUCAAAAGCCAGGAAAACGACUAUAUUGAAUUAAAAAGAACAUGGGAUAACAUUAAAAAGGACUCAUCAUCAAGGAAAAAUCAAAAAUACAUAACAGAAAGAAGAGCAAAAUUGAACAGCGUGUAUGAAAGAGCAUCGCAGAACCAUAGACUUCUACAAGACCAAGAAAUUCUAUCGACUCACAAAUAUUUGACACUUAAUUAUUUCGACACUCAUAUACAAACCAUGUAUGAUGCAGUUAUAGAUCACUUGAAAGAAUGUGAAGACAAGCUACAUCAGACUAAAAAAGUCAGCGACAUUAAAAUAAACGAUGAUAAACAAGAAGACAUGACUAUUUCGCCAAAGUUAUUCGUUCAAAAGUACAGACUAAACCAACUUAAGAAGAAAAUUGAGACUGCAAAGACCGCCGUUGUCCAACAAAAACCAGCGUGGCAACUACAAGCUCUGAUUAAUAAUCUAGAAAAACUGUUUCAAGAUAUAGAAGAAACACACAUACAAUUACUAAUGGAGCAAAGUACAAUCGACGACGAAUACUUCAAUAAUGACUGCUUUACAGACGCACAAGAACAAUUCGAGGAAAUAAUACAAGACUUACAUGAGCAAAUCAACGACAAAACAGUACAAACGAGCAGAAAUCACCCUACUAAGUUACCAAGAAUUAACAUUCCUACGUUCGCUGGGAAUUACGAGUCAUGGAAUUCAUUCUAUGAUCUAUUUAAGAAAAUUAUUGACGAAAACUGUACUAUUUCCACAACAGAAAAAAUGCAAUACUUAAAAACGCAUGUCCGAGGUGACGCGGAGAAGCUAAUAAAGCAUUUGACAGUAAACGAGGUCAACUAUAAAGCAGCGCUUACACUGUUAGAAAACCGAUACAAAGACGAAAGAAAAAUAACACAGACAUUCAUUGAUAAAUUAAUAGACCUGCCCAAAAUUCAGACUCCAAACGCCAAAAUGCUACGUAAUAUGCAUGACUGCAUAAACGAAAGCCUGGAAGCGUUAAAAACUCAAAAUAUUAAUAUAUCAACAUGGAGCCCAAUUUUAACCAGAAUGGUAAAUCGUAAGUGGGACCCUGACACCAACAUGAGAUAUGAAGACCAAUUACAGGAGCCAAACAAGUUACAAGAUUUCAAAGAAUUAAUGAAGUUCUUAGAAAAACGCUUCAAAAGUUUAGAAUCAAGCGCCAAUAUGACAACAACAAACGAUUUGCAUUCGACAUACUCACCAAAUAUGCAAGGAAAAACUAAUUGGCAAGAAAAAAAAGGACUCUGUUGGUACUGUCAAAAAGACCAUAAUAUUCAUUAUUGUCAAGCAUUUAAGGCAUUACAUGUCAAUGACCGCAUUCGUAAAGUGCAAGAAAAACAAAUGUGUUAUGUAUGUCUCAUGCACGAUGCAAAAAAAGAGUGCAUCAGCAAUAAGUACAAACAUUGUGAAAUAUGCAAUAAGGCACAUUCUACACUAUUGCACAGAAACACAAAUGAAUAUUUAUUAGCAAAACAACAAGGGCAAAAUAGUAUCACCAAAAAUACUAACCAAGUAACAAAACCCGGUACAUCAACGACAUACGAUCACAAGUCUCAAAUAACAGAAAAGAAAAAAAUUAUGACUCAUGCAACUAUGCAACUCCAUAACAGUCACAAAACUAUACUUCUAGCCACAGCCUUAGUACAGUCAAAAACAUUCGACGGCACACCAUUAUUACUGCGAGUUUUAUGUGACCAAGGAUCGGAAGCCUCACUAUGCACGGAAGAGGUGGCUCAACUCUUAGGGUUCCCGAAACAAAAGAUAAAAGCCGAAAUUAAUGGUAUUGCAGACAACAUUCCAAAGACCUCCAACUAUAUGAUAGACGUCACACUUCAACCAAGGUUUCCAAGUGAAUACAAGUUAUCAACAUCGCUGAUCGUAUUACCGAAACUGACGUCAUCAGUGCCUAAAGAAAACGUGCAAAAACUGGACCCACAAAAAAUAGAAAACAAAAUAAUUGCUGAUCCAACUUAUUAUAAACAAGGUCCAAUUGACAUAAUUUUAGGCGCUGAAGAAUAUAGUAAAAUACUGUUGCAAGGGUUCGAAAAAAUAGACAGCGGCAUUAUCAGUCAAAAUACAGAGUUUGGCUGGAUAUUGUCGGGAUUUUGUUCAACGGAACCACGCAAUACAAUAAAAAUAUUAAGUCUAAUCACUCGUGCCGACGAAAUCCAACUUAAUAAAUUCUGGGAACUAGAAGACAUCACUGAAAAUCAUCAAUUAAACAAAGAAGACCAACAGUGUGAACAAUUCUAUAAAGACACGACUCAAAGAAAUAAAAAUGGGACAUACACGGUCAGGCUCCCGUUCAAGGACCCUUCCUUAGAGUACGGGAAUACGCGUCAAAAAGCUGCCGCCCGACUUAUUCAACUAGAAAAGAGACUUGAGAAAAACAAAAAAUUACGAGAAAAAUAUAAUGACUUCAUGAAAGAAUACAUAAACAUGAACCAUAUGAUAAAAGUAAACAAAACAAAUAAUUAUGAAGGGAAAUAUUACAUUCCGCAUCAACCUGUAAUACGAGAAGAUGCACUGACUACAAAAUUACGCUGUGUAUUCGACGCUAGCAGCAAGUCGAAUACAAAAAUAAGCCUUAAUGACAACUUGCAUAAAGGUCCACGAUUGCAACAAGACUUAGCUACUAUAUUAUUACGAUGGCGCAAACAUAAAGUUGUGUUUAUGGCAGACAUAGAAAAAAUGUACCGGUUCAUAAAAAUACAUAGGGAAGAUCAACCCUUUCAAAGAAUAUUAUGGAGAUGGACAAUUAAUCAACCAAUAGAAGAGUACGAGUUAACUACGGUGACUUAUGGUACCACUGCUGCACCAUACUUAGCCAUAAGAACACUUCAACAACUAGCAACAGAUGAACAAAAAACCUACCCCCUUGCCAGUAAAAUCACCCUAGAAGAUUUCUAUGUCGACGAUGUAUUGUCGGGAGAUGAAAGCAUAGAAAAAGCAAAAUAUCUACAAAAUCAAUUAACAAAUAUGUUACGUGCUGGCGGAUUCAAUUUAAGGAAAUGGUCAUCAAAUAGCGCAGAAUUGCUAGAAAACAUCCCUGUAGAAAAUGUGGACGACAAAACGAUAAAACUACCCUUAGACGAAAAUAGAAAGUCACUAGGAGUAAUUUGGGCACCAAACGAAGAUAGUUUCCAAUUUAAAAUAACUAUAACAACUACCGAGAACCCAACCAAAAAAAAUAUCUUUUCUGAAAUCGCAAAACUAUUUGACCCACAUGGCUGGCUACAACCUGUACUAAUAACUAUGAAACUGCUUAUACAAGAGAUCUGGAUCAGCGGCAUAGACUGGAAUGAACAAGUACCAGAACGCAUAAAUAAGAAGUGGACCCACAUUCAACAACAAUUACAUCAUAUAGAAAAAAUAAGAAUACCUAGAUGGCUACAAUAUACGACAGGUGUACCUAUUGAAUUACAUGGAUUCAGUGACGCAUCGGAGAAGGCCUACGGCGCGGUAGUGUACUGCCGAACAAAGGUCAACAACACAACAUAUCGUGUGUCAUUAUUGCAAGCCAAAUCUAAAGUAGCUCCAAAGAAACAUAAAACGACCUUGCCUCGACUCGAAUUAUGUGCUGCAGCAUUAUAA